AUGCCGAUAUAUUGUGAGGACUGUGAGUGUCCAGUCUGCAUGAAGUGUAUAACAACAUCUCAUUUACAACAUAAAAUAUUCGAGGCGUCUGUUUAUGUUCAGAAACGACAUGGGGAUCUGAUGGCAUCUUUGCAUGGAGAAAACUCAUUGAUGGAAAAAUUGAAAAAUGAUUUGAUUUGUAAGAGUAAAACCUUAGAGGAAAGGAAAAUUAAACUCGUCGACGAAAUUAGCAGCAGGGAGGAAGCGAUUGUUGCAGAAGUGAGAGACAUUGGGAAACACCUCAAGAAAACUGUAUAUGAUGCUGUUUCUAAAUGGGAAGAAAAAAUUCAGAAAAGCGAGAAAGAAAUAGAAAACUUUUCAGAAAUUCCCGAUUUUGACACAGAAACGGAAACAAACUGUAUUAAAAUAUUGCAAUGUCAUAGCGAACUACGACGGCUUGAAAUAGAAAUGAAACUUCACGACCCAGUGAACGUUACAUUCGAAACUGAUAUAAGUCUCAGUAGAAAACAAGUAGAGGAGCUGUUUGGAAACGUGGUCGUACAACAUGAUUUAUGUCUGUCUUCUGAUCAAGACCGGCAAAUUGAGAGGAAACCCCCCUUUCAUGACAAAAACGGAAGCAAGUUGUUUUCUUGCAAUAAGAAAAUUAAAGACCAAGAAAACCGAAUUGUUUUUUUCCAGUUUAAACCCAAUGAUGAAACAACUAAAAAGUUCAGAGAAAUUUUAUUUGCUGGAGGGAAAAUGUACAUGCAUGUAAAUGACAAGCUCUUUGUAGCGACUGAUGAUAAUUCUGUGCCUGAAGUGCUUCAAGGCGUGGACAGCUGUGUUGGACAUUCGUCAGGACGUGGAAUCCUUUGUAUUAGGAACAAUAGAUUAGCACUGAGUCUUUACUUCCAUAAUGGAAAAUAUAUGUCCUUGUUUUCAGUCCCAAAUCCAAGUAAUGAGGAAAUACUGGCAGUUGAAGAAAGUGAAAAAUUAGGUUUAUCUUUGCUUACGGAACAAAAAAAAUACUUCAGCUACAAUUACCCAUAUUACAAAUUAUCAAUAUACCGAGUGAAAGGAAAUGCUCAAACAGAUGUCAUUUCAAAUGAAAAGCAUUGUAAUUUAUCAACUUAUCGUAAUGAUUCACAAGUUGCAAAGCUCUGCGCCCUGCAAGACACCAAAUCACAGAUCGCUAUUGUUUCUAGAUCUAAUUCGCUUCAAGUGUACGAUCAACAAUUAUCAGUUCUGUUUACCUACAAGGGGAGUAUUGAAAACAGUAUAUCAUUAUGUUCGUCAUUUUCAGUGGCGUCUGCAUGUCUUGAUCAAGACGAUAACAUUUUAGUUGCAAACAGAUUUGAUAAUUCCAUUCACAUGUUAGAUAUUAGCGGCCAGUUUUUAAGAAUUGUUGUUUGGCCGGAGGACGGUUUAUCAAAUUUGAUGUCUGUCUCAGUUGACGGAGAAGGGUGGUUGUGGUGCGUAGGUCGGAAUAAUGAGGGAAGUUACCUCCGUCUCUUUGAUUAUGAUUAUUUCAAGGCCACUGAACGAACCAAGAGGGCAUUGACUGAAACUGAAGAAAACUUCUGA